CAGUCUUAAUCUAGUAAAUUGGAGAAAAAAAAGUUUAGAGUUAUUUAAGUGAAAAAUAAAAAUUUGUUAAACCAAUAAAAUGAAUUUAUGGAUGUCCUUAGUAAUUAUUUUUGCUAUUUGUGCACGUUGUAUCUUCGGAGGAUCUCCGUGCUCAGCUGUUCACAAUUUCAUGAGUCCACUUUCAUCAGGAACUCAUUUUCAACUGAGUUCAACAGCACAAUUCAAUUCAAUCGCUGAUAUGCAAGAACAAAUUCGAAUUAUUUUAAUGGACAGCAAUAUUUCAGCAAUGGAUCAAGCUAUUCUUUUCAGUCUUGUUAACGCUACUGAUGAAGGAGUUUUAUGUAUUAUUAGCUAUUAUCAAUCAAAUGCUAAUUGAAAUUUUAAAAUUUUUUGAAAUAAAUUGAAUUUCA